CCCCAGCGUUGGCCAUUUUCUUCGUUUCCACCAAAUCCAAAGGAGUCAAGCGCGAAACUUCUCUGCAUUGCCCUUUUUGAAAUAUUCCUUUUUUUUUUUAAUUACUAAUUUUACUUUUUUAGCCGACGAGGUCCAAGUAAUCAAAAGUGAUGGGAGUUGGAGGGAGCUCUUAUUAGGAAAAUUAUCUGCGUGCGAUUUAUUCUGCUUAAUAUAGAUUCAAAUUCGCUAUUGGAUUGACCCUCCAGUUUUUGAAUAUAUGGAGAAGUCUUCAUCUUCUUCUAUUCCAACCAGAAGACUCUUCAUCUUUAGGCCAAAGACACAACCUCAUCUUUCUCGCUUCGUAUCUGGAGACGAGCUGGCCUUAGGAGGAAGGGAGUUCUUUAUAUCAGAUCCUGGAAAGAGAUGGAAGUUUUUCAGCCUAUUAAAACUUCUAAUACACAAAAACACCGUCCCUUAACUCCUUUUAGGUUCAUAAGGGGUCUGAUAUGUCUGCUGGUGUUUCUUUCUACGUCUUUUAUGUUUUUAGUGUAUUUUGGGCCCCUGGGCGUGAUAAGCCGUCUAGCCAGCUUGCAUUAUCGCAGAAAAGUAGCCUCGUUCAUCUUUUCCAUUUGGCUAGCUUUGUGGCCUUCUCUAUUUGAAAAGAUAAAUGGGACUAAAGUUGUAUUUUAUGGGGAUGCUGUCCCAGCAAAAGAACGUGUUUUGAUCAUCGCCAAUCAUAGAACCGAGGUUGAUUGGAUGUACUUGUGGGAUCUUGCAUUGCGGAAAGGGUGCCUGGGCUCCAUUAAGUAUAUCCUCAAGAGCAGCUUGAUGAAACUACCUGUAUUUGGUUGGGGCUUUCACAUUUUGGAGUUCAUUUCAGUUGAUAGGAAGUGGGAGGUUGAUGAACCUGUCAUGCGUCAAAUGCUUUCAACCUUUAAGGAUCCUCAAGAUGGCUUGUGGCUUGCACUUUUUCCUGAAGGGACUGAUUUUACAGAACUCAAAUGCCUAGGGAGUCAAAAGUUUGCAGCUGAAGCUGGACUUCCUGUGCUGACCAAUGUACUGCUUCCAAAAACAAAGGGUUUUUGUCUUUGCUUGGAAGUUCUUCGCAGUUCCUUGGAUGCAGUUUAUGAUGUAAGUAUUGCAUACAAACAUCAAUUUCCUACAUUUCUGGACAAUGUAUUUGGUCUGGAUCCUGCUGAAGUUCACAUUCACAUUCGACGUAUCCCAAUGAAGGAUAUCCCAGCCUCUGAUAGUGAGGCUGCUUCUUGGUUAAUGAAUACCUUCCAGCUCAAGGAUCAGUUGCUCUCAGAUUUUGGAACUCAUGGUCAUUUCCCAAAUGAAGGUACUGAGGAAGAACUUUCUACAUUGGAAUGCUUGGUAAAUUUUGUAAUGGUGAUUUCCUUGACUGCAAUAUUUACUUAUCUCACCCUUUUUUCCUCCAUUUGGUUCAAAAUUUAUGUAAGUUUAGCAUGUGUUUUUCUUGCCUUGGCUACUUACUAUAAAUUUCAGCCACUGCCAAUUAUAGGCUCUUUUAUACCAAUGUUUAGUUGCAGGAAUAUCUAGUGAUGAAUAGCCUGUUAUAGAAGAUGAUCAAAUAUACAAAAUAGAUCUCAUGUAAACCUUGUUGGAAAUAGAUAGGAAUUUUCAUUUUAAU